AUGGGCGCCUAUCUCUAUGGGCGCCUAUCUCUAGGGGCGCCUUUCUCUAUGGGCGCCUAUCUCUAUGGGCGCCUAUCUCUAUGGGCGCCUAUCUCUAGGGGCGCCUAUCUCUAUGGGCGCCUAUCUCUAGGGGCGCCUAUCUCUAGGGGCGCCUAUCUCUAUGGGCGCCUAUUUCUAUGGGCGCCUAUCUCUAUGGGCGCCUAUCUCUAUGGGCGCCUAUCUCUAGGGGCGCCUAUCUCUAGGGGCGCCUAUCUCUAUGGGCGCCUAUCUCUAGGGGCGCCUAUCUCUAUGGGCGCCUAUCUCUAG